UCAUCUUUUUUGUGGCCCUUAGUUCCUUUGCUGCUGGUUUCCUUGUACAACAACACCUUUUUUAUGUGGCCCUUGGUUGGUCUAUUUGGAUGCUGAACGUCGGGUGGUGGAAAAAUUGAGGAAGAGUGGGGCUGUUUAAAAUCCGCCCAUAACCGAUAACCCAACUUUAAAAUUGACUUAUUGGUAUUGGGUUAUUAGAUUGACGGUUGGUGAAUGGAUUAAAUUUUUUAUAGUUAACAGCUUAUUGGUGCCGGGCGGAUUACUCAAUUUCGUUAUCGGGUAAACCGUUAAGUAUUAUCACAUUUAUAUCUUUAAUCCCUACCAAGGUUACAUAAUCUUAUUUAUGGUUAAUCCAUGUUGAUAUCUUUAUUUAAUCAUUGCAUUUAGCGAACAAGAAGUUUUUAUAUGUUUGUAUUCACAGAAAUCCUGCCAAUGCUUCUUCAUGAUGCUUUGGUGGCUUAGGACUUAGAAAUAGCUUCCUCAUUUUGGAUAUGUGAAACAGAUGCUGGUGUUAAUGAAGGGGCCAAAAGGAGAAAGAGUUCUGAUUGUCCUAGGCUUCGAGAUGGAAGGCAGUAUAAAGAAUGAACUCUACUCUGACAUUUACGAUAUGUCAAAUCUUCAAUCAAGUCUUCGGUCGACUACCAAUUCUGGAAACAAGGAUUCACAUGACAGCGAUUGGUGCGAGUUAUGGAGUGAUGAUGGAGAUUUGUGUCAUGAUUCUACUGAUAAGUUAGAUAAAACAUCUGAAAUGGACAGGGAAUGGCAGAGGCGGCAUGACCAGUUCCAUACUAUUGGAUUCCGUGAUGGUCUUAUGGCUGGGAAAGAAGCUUCAGCACAAGAGGGGUUUAAUGUUGGUUUUAGGGACUCUGUAUAUGUUGGGUACAACUGGGGUCUUGUCAGAGGUAUCACUAGUGCUUUAGCCUCUCUUCCUGAUGGCUUAAAAGAAAGAAUGGUUGAUACAAAGGAAAUGCAGAAUAAGUUCCAGCACUUACAUGAGUCUGUGCAAUCUCGUUCAGCAGCGGAGAUGCUUAAGGUAUUCCAUGAUUAUCUGUCAAAGAAAUCAGAAGAGUGUGGUUUAAAUGAUAGCUCUAGCUCCUGCUUGGCGGAUUCCAAUGACCUCAGCUCUGAUGACAGUCUCUUUGAGAAUUACCAGAAAGAGCUACAAUCUCUCAUUGAUGAAUCAGGGCUCAAAUUGCACUUAGAUACAAAGGACUAGUUCUUUUCUUGCUUUACUCACUGAAGUCACUUGUCACUUUUUUGAGAAGUGAUAGUUUUCAUCCCAAUCCAUGUAAAUUGCAUUCAGUAAAGAAAAGUUAGAUGGUAUACUUGAAUGCAUAGUUUGUACAUGGAAUAUUUCUAUUUUCCAACAUUGUAUGCAUGAUUUAAGUUUAAAAUGUGUGGUAUUGUUACA